AUGCCCAAGGACCUGGUGCUGUACUCGGCAAAGGUCAUCCCCGGCAACGAGGUCAAGGUGUCCCAGAUGCUCAACGGCCUGUCCAUGCUGGGCGCUGAGGUGGCGCAGGGCCGUGCGGAGAACCUGCACACCUCGGGCCACGCGUACCAGGACGAGCUGGAGGAGGUGCUGCGCUUUGUGAAGCCGCAGCACUUCCUGCCUGUUCAUGGAGAGUACUCUUUCCUGUGCGAGCACGCGCGGCUAGCCAGGGAGCGGGCGGGCGUGCAAUUCACAGAGGUCAUCCGCAACGGCCAGAUGCUGGGGGUCCAUGAGCGGAGGAACCGCAACACAGUGUCGACGGGCAGCAUGGCCGCAGCCGCGGUGGCGGGCGAGAAGGAGGCGCAGCGGCAGGGGCUCGAGGUUCUUGGGGAGGUGCAGCUGGUCAACUUCUACAAUGAUGGCGGCCGCGGCACGGGCACUGCGCAGGAAAUGGCGCUGCCCGAGCGCGCCAACCUGGCGUUUGAGGGCGUGGUCGUCGCGGCCGUCGACGUCUUCCGCGCGCCGCCCGGCGGCGCCGCCGCAGGCCGCGGCGCUGCCGCCGCCGCCGCCGCCGCCGCCGCGGGCGCGAACAACCUGCGGUGUCGGGUGCGGGUGACAACGCGGGGGAUGUGGCUCGAAAAGGGGAAGAUCUUGGACGCGAUCCAUCAG